AUGAAGCCAGAAUGGUGGCCAGGUGAAGAGCACGAAGCCUUCACAGAAUGGGCAGUCUCAAACGGCGUUGAAACAAACAAUGUCACCCCAGCUCGGUUCCCAGGCCGAGGAUUGGGAAUGAUGGCUACCCAAAAAAUCUAUAAAGGAGACCCAGUUCUCCGAGUCCCAACAAAGCUCAUGAUCAUUGCGGGCGGCAUUCCUACCGUAUUCACCGAGCAAUUCCCUGAAGACAUGGCCGUCCAGGCUCUUCUAGCAGCGUACCUCACACACGGAGUCGCAGAAGAUCUUUCUAAAUAUGAGGCUUGGCGCAAGUCAUGGCCCAGUCGUCAAGACUUUGCAGACAGCAUGCCGCUCCUAUGGCCAACUGUAUUAGGAGGACCAUCAUGGCCUCCCAGCAAUGACAAGAACAAGGAUGUCAUCGACUUAGACAAGCCUGGUUUCUUUCCCCCGUCCAUCUCAGGUCGCUGGAAUAGCUUAAUACCUGGACCGAAGACGAGGAAGUAUGAGCUGGAUCACCAGAACAUCCUUCCGAAACAGGUUCAAAUCUUGAGUAAGGCAUGGUUUGAUACCACUGCUGUUUAUCCAGAGACUGAUUGGGAAUCUUUCUCAUAUCAUUGGCUUAUUGUGAACACAAGAAGCUUUUAUUGGAUUGAACUGGGCCAGGAGGCCCCCGAGGACCCCAAUGAUGCCAUGGGAAUGGUGCCGUUUGCUGAUUACUUUAAUCAUGCUGAUGUUGCUCGAGAUGUCAAAUUCGAUGAAAAUGAAUACGUCUUCUGCGCCACGAAGGACUAUGAGGAAGGUGACGAGGUGUACAUGAACUACGGCAGUCACCCGAAUGAUACUUUACUGGCAGAAUAUGGAUUCUUCCUCGAUGUUAACGAGGCAGAUUCAGUUUAUCUCGACGAUAUCGUCUUCCGAGACCUUCAUACAGCCGAGCAACAGGAGGACUUGUGGUUGAACCAGUAUUAUGGCAAUUACCAAGUCACACCGCACGGACCGUGCUACCGCACCGAGGUAGCCGCAUGCCUGAGUUAUAUGAAGGAAGAGGACUGGCGGAACCAUGUACUCGAAGGCGUAACCCAGGGCCUGGAUGAAGAAAGGUCUGAGGCCACGCUCAAGAGGUGGAUUUUGGCAUAUGCCACCGAGGCACAGGCAACUAUCAUUGCACUGCAGACAGCAAUCGAGAACGAUCCCGCGGUGCAGGCACAUCGCCAGAAAGCGGAGACUUUGUUGAGGCGGUGGGAGCAGAUUAGGGAUCUCUGUGAGAAUGCUGCCAAGACCGUCUCGACAUAG